UCGAGGAAGAGAAGAGUCGCUAAGCGCGUACGAUUUCAUCUAUGAACUUUCGCCCUGUUCCAUUAGGAGCUUUUUUGCGUUGCUUUAAGGACCAAGGAGCUAUCCGCAGACAUCCCUGGAGAAUACGUUCACGCAUUGCGUUGUAGGCACACGUGUCAUACGUUUGCUAGUGUAAUUGCAUUGCAGCUAGAAUUGCAAGUGAUUGUGUUGAAGAGGUGCAUUGCAAAUCUUGAGGAACCAACAGCAAUCUCCCAUUGAGAAUAUUCACUUCUGUCCUCCGCAGAUCUGAGUAACGGACGCAGGCGAAGACAUCCACACGCCUCACAUCACGAGAUGUGACAUAGAGUUCCCCAUGCUUCCCGGAGUGCCGUAGGAGGCAUGAUCGUGACGCCCACGUACAGUCGUGAGAUGGGCGAGGGCGGUCGCCUGCUGCCCGCCGCUCGUGUCCCCACUUUAGGUUUGCCAGACCCCAACCCGGCACCUACUUACAAGUCUGACGUGGGCGUUUUCAAAACGGCAGCGAUGGGCGUGAGCGGCGCUUACGACCAUAACAAGAAUACUUUGAGUGAUAAAGAGGGUGGGUCGGGAGGUUCGCUUGGAGGUCACCCACUGAGUCACCAACUGCCAGCAUUCACCGCCCCCUGGUUGGCUGAAGUUGCUCACAUUACCCCAGCCCGCCCAUCUGACCACCUGGCCUACCCACAGCCCCCGCCCAUUCCUGAUUAUUACCCUCAUUACCCCACACUCCCACACAGACCAACUGGGUACUAUCACCACCACUUCCUCCCUCCAGGGGCACCCCCCCAUUUCAUGAGGGAUUACCCGAGACAUGCCCCUAGACCAUACCCACCUCUCGACCCAAGGCCAACUUUAGAAAGACCAACACCUGUCUCAGGAGCUGCCUCUCUCGGUAGGCCCUUGGGGCCGCCACCCCUUCGGGGCAUCCACCCUGACCCAAGAGACUUGAGAGACGUUCCUCCCAGUAAAAUGCGACCCAGACCUCCUGACCUGACGCUCCCAAGUAGUCCAGGGGCGUCGUCUGGCGAACCCUCUCCCCGGGGGCCUCAUGGCGAGCCAAGCCCUAAACGAAGAUCAGGGUCAGGAUCGUUCCCAAUGCCAGCACCCCGCUCCCCACGCGCUGGACAUAGGGCGCCUCCUGGGUCGUCUUUGUCGGUGCCGGGAGUGGGCGGGGUGACGACCUCUUCGCCGGGGAUCCUGGCCACUGCCCCCACCACCACUCAGUCUCGUCCUCUUGCAUCAGGCCCAAUUCUGUCAGCCCCUGUCCCAAACCCUGAUACCACACAGCCCAGCACUUCAGCUUCACCAACUGCCCCGUCGGCAGGGCACGAGGAGAAUCGUCCUUCAUCUCCUUACCACGCCCACUUUGCUCGCGGUGCCCUCGUCACGGUCGGCACCAGUGUCAGAAGGGUGGAGGACCUUGAAACACGUGAUUUUCUAGAGGCGGCAAGAGAAGCCGAAGACCUCAAGCUAGACCCUUCAACGGUGGCCGCCAUAAUUAGCACCCCGAGCAAUCCUACUUCGUCUACUAUAACAUUCAUCUUCCCGUCAAGAAACACCCAGGUUUCUGUGGAAGCGUCGCUGGAUCACCCCUUCUUCGUGUUCCAUUGCGGGUGGUCAUCUUGCAGCCCAGAGCUCACAGAGAAGAAGUACGACUUGAAAGUGCGCAAACUCCAAGUGGGAGACGUGUGCGUGUCCCUCACCAAAAAAGUGCCAGAACCUCAGCCACCUCAACCUAGCAACCUCCCAACGCUUCCUCCACCUCCACCUGCCACGACUGCUUCUCCUACUUCUCCAGCGGCGGUAACUGGGCCCUCGUCUGCUGCCGUGGCCUCAGGGUCAGGAGGGUCUUCAGGUGUACCCGAUUCAGUGCCAUCGACGACAACUGCCGAUUCAGUCAGUCAACCUUCUACCUCCUCCUCCUCCUCUUCCUCCUCCAACUCUUCCGCCUCCCCCACACACAAGCACCAGCAGCCGCAACAACUCUCUCCAACCGGAAGUAAAGUGGGGUCUCCAGCGACCACCACCAAAGGCAGCGGCAGCCAGCCUCUACCGCCGCUGCCUGGUGAGGCUUCUAUAUCAUCUUCCUCUUCUUCCACCCCUGCCGCCAGCGGGAUCUGGAACAAGCCAGCGGCCAUCAGAGGCUCCGAACGGCAGCAUUCUAGCGAUGAAGCCCAGAGGGACGAGAAAGACUCAGGGCGCAAGCGUCGGUGGUCUGAUCCUGGUCAAGUCACUUGACGAUACCCUGGGGACCAUGAACGGACAGUAAAUUUAACGUUAUUUUGAAAACCAAAGUCCUAUUGAAUUGGUUCGAAUUACGUCUGUCACAUUUGAAAAAUUUGAAAAUGAAUUCACAUUUCUGCUUACUCGUUUUACAAUAAGGCAAUUUGAAAACAUUUGAUUUUUCCAAUGGGAAUUCUUAAGUUAUCAUAGUUCAACCUAUAAGCAGUAGGACAUGGUUAAUAGGUAACACGUAAAUAUUUAGAGAAUUAGUUUAUAUUGAUUUUUAAUAUACAAAUAUUUUCAUCAUCAGAGUGUUCAGUGUUCUUAAAACUUUUGUUCUCUCACUUUCUUGAAUGUUGUUCUUGUUUCCACGUCUUUCAAAACUAUUGUGAUAAAAAUAAAGAUACAUCAAAUGCCGAGAAACCAUUGGGGGGUCUCUCUCUCUCUCUCUCUCUCUCUCUCUCUCUCUCUCUCUCUCUCUCUCCUCUCUCUCUCUCGUGGAUCAGUCUCUGAAAAACGUUUUACAAAUUAUAUGAUUUCAAAGGUCUCUUUAGUAUGUUAAUAACCAAUUUUUGAACAUUUUAAAACAAAAUUGAAUGUUUAAAGGCUUUUGAAAUACCCGAAAAAUAAAAACUGAAUAUAUGAAUAUUCUGCCAACUUAUGAGACUUGUAUGAAGAUAUUGGCCGUUGUUAUAAUUUAAGCACCUACUUGUUGUCUUCCUGGCUCUUUGAAUGUUUAAAUAAUUUUUUUUAUCACUUGAAUUGCUUUAGACAGUAUACAUGAUGAUACUCGUAUCGUGUUCAUAGGUUCAUAAAUUAUGUCAGAUUCGAUAUGUGAAAUUAUACCUUUUAGCUGGUAAUUUCUCCUUACUAAACUCUCUCUCUCUCUCUCUCUCUCUCUCUCUCUCUCUCUCUCUCUGAUAGUUAAACGAGAAAUAAUGCAGAGACUUGUUUCCCGUUGAACCCCAGCGGCGUUAUCGCAGCAUUUUGAGCGAUGGUCUUUCCAUAUGCUAGUGAUAAAGUAGUGCGGUAGAUUUGGUGUUUUUUCUAAACGUUUUGUGAUAGAGAAUAAGGCUCUUGAGUACUUUAUGAUCUAAAUGGGCUCCCAUCAUUUUUGGCUGCGUUGGAAUACCUGAAUUCUCACAACCCCCUCCCCCAGUCCAUCCCACCCUUCCUCCCUCCCGUAUCCCACACACAUACACACGCACAUAGCUCACGUACAUACCUGACCUCGGAGCUUCCACCGAAACAUCAGAAAAUCAUUCAGUUUUCACAAGAUUCCUUGGGCUUGGUAGAUAGAAUCUCGGACAUUGGUGGACCCUGUGUUUCCCUCGUUUCUCUUGUGUAAACGAUGAUUCGUACAUGAGGGAACCGUUCAGGUGGGAAACCAUUGUAAACGGACUGCCGCUCUCAAACGACAGGGCGCUUGGCUGUUCUGGUUGAAUGCUUUGCAUUGUCUAGAUACAAAGGUGCUCGUUGAACUAAGAGAAGCAAGGUAUAAUGUGUGUAUUUUGUUAGCUGUAAUUGGACUUUCCAUUAUGAAUUUCUCUGCCACUGAAAAAAUAAAAAAAACUCCCAGAAUUGGCACUUGUCAUGAAUGCCUUGCUAUAUCGACAACAGGGCAACCAUGUCAAUGCUUGUCAGACUCGAGAUCCAUGAUAAUUCCUGUAAAUAUCAGACAAAGGAAAUGGCAUAGUUAUGCUCAUUUUUAUUCAAAGUUGAUAUUUAAAUUUACCAUUGAUAACAGUGAAGGGUUAGAGUUCUGUGUAAGUUUCAUUUCAUAGUCGUGUCUCGUUCAAAAGUGUCUUCGAAUAUGCGCACAGCACAUUUGAAGGAGUUGGCGUAGGUUUUCUAGGUGUAAAAUCAGUCCACGCAAGAGAGGGACACAACCUCACAUUUGCACUGCUUCCUCCAGUGAAUAUUUUCCCUUGAUCUUGUUUUAUCUUGGCCUAGGCCAUGUAUUAUUUUCUAUUGUGAACGGGUGUAUCCAAAGCAAGAUACAGUAUUGUAUUUCUAAUGGCAUCAUGGUAUUUUUAUUAUAUAAUGAAAACACUGUUGGGGGAAAAAGGGUCUGCACGUGAAAUAUUGUUUUUGUCUGAAAUAUUGCUUGGAAUCUUGCGAAGGCAUUGUGGUUUUACCUAACCACUACGUCAGCUUCCUACCCGAGUCUCACUCGGGGUUUUCAGUUGCAACAGGAAAAUGCUGCAGAUGUCUACGCUCGAAGAAGCGUGUUCCCCCCGAGCCACUUGUCCUUGUCUUCUCUUAGUAAUAGUCGGGGUCUGGAAGAUUAUACCUGGCGGAGGGGAAAUGCCAUUCGUGCAAUGUUCUGUACUCAGUACUUUAUCGAAUUAUCGUUGUGCAUUGCAUCGGGUGCAAGUAAAGAGAUAAAAGAUGAGGCUUGGGUGUGCACCUCGUUAUGCAUGUGCGUUGUGAGCCGUGAAGGUUACAGAAGAUACAUGCAAAACCGACAGUCGAAGAAUUAUUCACAACAUACCAAAUGUAGCAAGAAUAUCAAAGAAAGGGAUUGUUUUAUUUCUGCCCUGAGCUGUACUGCUGUGUUUUGCUGGUUGGAAAUGCGUUCGAUCUUUUCAUUGUAUUAAGUCGUCCAAAAUAGCCUCUGGUGUAUGCACGUUGACCAGCUCUCGUAUUAUUGUUUAUCUUUCCGGAUG